CGGCUCCGGGGCCACCCGGCGGUGUGGCGGCCGCUCAGUCUCCGGCUCCGCUCGCGGACUGCCUUCGGGUUAGUAGCAGAGCUCUCCCGAUAGGACAGCGGGGCUGGUCUGCUCUCUCAGCAAUCCUUGACUCCUUUUGAACUUGGUACAAGUUGGACAAGUCUUUCGGAAAAAGCCUUAUUGCUCUGAUGAGUGUGGUCCUCCCUCUUUGAGAAGAAAAGGAAGCGAGAAGAUAUCCAGGAGAGAAUAAGGGAGAGUGAAGAGGAAAACCCAAGGAUAACACUAAGUGUGAUUUUAUCCCACUAAGUGGAAUAUUACUCAUGAAGACAACUUGAGUCUUAUUGCAUAUCUUAAAUCCCCGUUCUGGAGAGCUCUAUAUUAAGGGGUAUUUGAAGCAAUGAAAUUAAUUGAAUCUGUACGCUGGAGAACGAAUAGAACAACACACUGAUGAAGAGUAAGGAUAAAUAAAGAAGAAAACGGGGAAGGAACAAAGCAUUGAUUACAAAUGUCUUAAUAAUGAGCAAAUGUGGCAGGAAAAAAUAUAUUAAGACAAAUCUAAGACAAAUGACCAUGGAAACAAUUGAAUCUCAGCAGGAUGGAAGUGUAACAGAUUCUGUGGCAGAGAGAGAAUCUGCUGAUAUGCAGACCCAGACUGGUCAAAAUUCAAUCCCUACCUUAGCUCAGGUUUCUGUAGCUGGAUCAGGCACCGGAAGAGGCUCCCCAGCUGUAACUCUAGUGCAGUUACCUUCGGGCCAAACUGUGCAUGUCCAGGGAGUAAUUCAGACACCACAGCCAUCGGUUAUUCAGUCACCACAAAUACAAACUGUUCAGGUAGCAACAAUUGCAGAGACAGAUGAGUCUGCAGAUUCAGAAGCUGUAAUUGAUUCUCAUAAACGUAGAGAAAUCCUUUCACGAAGACCCUCUUAUAGAAAAAUACUGAAUGAACUUUCCUCUGAUGUGCCUGGUGUUCCCAAGAUUGAAGAAGAAAAAUCAGAGGAAGAAGGAACGCCACCUAACAUCGCUACCAUGGCAGUACCGACUAGCAUAUAUCAGACUAGCACGGGGCAAUACAUUGCUAUAGCCCAAGGUGGAACAAUCCAGAUUUCUAACCCAGGAUCUGAUGGUGUUCAGGGACUACAGGCAUUAACAAUGACAAAUUCAGGAGCUCCUCCUCCAGGUGCUACAAUUGUACAGUAUGCAGCACAGUCAGCUGAUGGCACACAGCAGUUCUUUGUCCCAGGCAGCCAGGUUGUUGUGCAAGAUGAGGAAACUGAACUUGCCCCAAGUCACAUGGCUGCAGCCACUGGUGACAUGCCAACUUACCAGAUCCGAGCUCCUACUACUGCUUUGCCACAGGGAGUAGUGAUGGCUGCCUCACCAGGAAGUUUGCACAGUCCCCAGCAACUAGCAGAAGAAGCAACACGCAAACGAGAGCUGAGGCUAAUGAAAAACAGGGAAGCUGCUAAAGAAUGUCGACGUCGAAAGAAAGAAUAUGUAAAAUGUCUGGAGAGUCGAGUUGCAGUGCUGGAGGUUCAGAACAAGAAGCUCAUAGAGGAACUUGAAACUUUGAAAGACAUUUGCUCUCCCAAAACAGAUUAGUAGAAAUAUUUAACUAUGAACUGAUUACAACAUGUACAGUUGCUUUUGAAGGCAAUACAAUAUAUAGCCAGCAAGAAUUACGGCUUUUUUCCUUUGUAUCAUUCAUCAUAUUCUCUAACCUCUGACAUUCCUAAAAUGCCUCACUGUACGUAGUUAACUAUUAGCUAUAACUUCAAUUUUUUAAAAAGAGACAGCUGUAAAAAAUGUAUGUAACAAAUUCUUAAAAUGCAGUAUUUGUAAGACUUGUUCCAAUGCCACAUAUUUGCAGUUCCUAACCUCUGUGUCCUGAAUAGUGUCCUAUGCAAUAAAAUUUUUUUGCAGGUCUUUAAAAAUCAUUUUAGGAAAGGAUGAUCAAGAUAAUGCAUCCAGCAGUACAGUAAAAGCAAACCACAAACAAACAAAAAAAUACCUCAGGAAAGAAUUGAAAGAAAAAAUUGAAAGAAUCUAAUGAUAUGCCUAUAUGAAAAUAAUAGCCUAUAAAUGAAUUUAUGGCAUUUGCAGAUUUUUAUAUUACUUGCUUUGUAAAGAAAAUAUUGUAUUGCUGUCCUUGAAUGCCAUAGUUGAAGAGAGUUUUUAAUAGAACCAUGUUGGUUACA